AUGCUAGAGGGUGAACUGUUUCUCAUGGCGGGAAGAAUGCUGGGCCAUUGUUUCCUCUACGGAGGGCCUGGUUUCCCUGGUCUGAGUCCUGCCAUAAAGCAUGUACUGUCUGGUGGCUCCAUUGAAACUGCUACUGUUGUAGUAGAGGACUGUCCUGACUUGGACCUGAGAGAUACUAUUGAUCUUCUGAAGAAAACUGACCUUAAAGAAGAGGAACGGCAAAACCUGGUUAAUCUCUGUCUUGCUUGGGAUUUGCCUCUUCCUACUAAAGACAACAUUAAAUGGCUCCAUGAGAAGCUCCUCCUUCAUGCGGUUUUAGGUCGGGCAUCCAAACAAAUAAAACAGAUUCGAAAAGGGCUGAAAGAAACGGGUAUCUGGCCUUUACUCUGUGAGAGAGAUGAUGUGGUGAAAUUGUUUUUCCCAUCAGAAGUUGAUGCAGAGAUCACAGCGGAGAUGAUUCUUUCGCCGAUUCAAUGGCCAAUUCCAAGCACAGAUUCUGACUCGGAUGACGAAGAUGACUGCUCUGUUGAAGAGAUAACUCGUACCUGUGACUAUUUAAAGACUUACGUUAAUCAAGCUUCUUCGGAAAAAAGGAAAAGUCUUCUCAAGUUCUGGGUGGGCUGGGAAGUCCCUCAAACUCGGCUUACUGUUAAAGUCCAACGUGGCCAGUUUCCUAGAUCCAUGACGUGCAUGGACACCAUCAAGUUACCGUCACAUUACAAAACCUACCAAGAGUUUGAAAAAGACUUGGAUGCGGUCAUUGCAACCUGUGACACCGGUUUUGGAUUGCCUUGA